UUAUGUUUAUUAUAAAAAUAAUGAAUUACAAAAUUAGAUUAGGAUUAGGAUCUAGCUCCAAUAAUCAGACGUCAUUNCCAUACAAAGCACGAACCAUACCUGACGCCGAGCACAGCACGAUUUUUCAGCCCAAUCGGCAAAUUUUCUAGAGCACGGAACAGGGGAGCGUGUUGACGGUAUCUGUAUUUCACCUCAACCAGAUUUUGCACGGGAUGCCGCCGGCGGCGGGAGUGGUGUCGCGGAGCGAUCGUAUUCCGAUGAAUCCGGCGGCGCCGCCGCCGCAGACCCAGCCUCCGAUUGUCGCGGCGGCGGAGGCGCACGCCAAGGACGCGGUAAUCGCGUGGUUCCGCGGCGAGUUCGCGGCCGCGAACGCCAUCAUCGACGCCCUCUGCGGCCACCUGGCGCUGCUCGACGGCGGGGCGGCGGGGGAGGCUUACGGGCCGGCGUUCGCGGCGAUCCACAGGCGGCGGAUGAACUGGAUCCCGAUCCUCCAGAUGCAGAAGUACUUUCCAAUCGCCGACGUUGCGGAGGAGCUGCGGAAGGUCGUCGAGGGGAAGAAGGUUCCCCCGCCGCCGGAGGCGGACGGCUGUGAGGAGAAAUCGAAGGAUUUGAAUCUGGAGAGCUCCGUGGAGAGCAAUGAGGGCGGAGACGGCGGCGGAGGUGGCGGAGGAGAGGUGGCUGAUGAGGAUUUCACGUCGGAGGUAACGGACACAGGAUCUCAAGAGGUACAGAACUUUCCAGAAAGAGUCGAUAUAUGCUCCAACCACGACAACUGUGAGGCGCGCUGUUCCCAGAUCAAGAUCACAAAAGGCUUCGUGGCAAAGGAGCCGGUUAAUGUCGUUAGGGGUCUUAAGUUAUACGAGGACAUAUUCACUGAUGUCGAGCUGUCGAAACUGAACGACUUUGUGAACGAACUUCGAUCGGCUGGUCAAAAUGGUGAACUUUCAGGCGAGACCUUCAUUCUGUAUAAUCAGCAGAGGAAAGGAAACAAGAGAGAGUUGAUUCAGCUCGGGGUCCCGAUUUUCGGAAAGAUCAAAGAAGAUGAAAUCAACACAGUCCAGAAAAAUUAUAUAGAGCCAAUCCCAGCUCUUCUUCAAGGUGUAAUCGAGCACUUGAUCCAGUGGCGUUUAAUCCCAGAAAAUCGGACACCAAACAGCUGUAUCAUUAGUUUUUUCGAUGAGGGAGAAUAUUCUCAGCCCUUUCUGAAACCACCUCACUUGGAGCAACCUCUCUCGACUUUUCUCCUCCACGAAUCAACCAUGGCUUUCGGCCGAACCCUCGUGAGCUACGGUGAAGGCAACUACAGAGGAUCUCUCAUGCUUUCUCUGAACAAAGGGUCGCUUCUCGUCAUGAAGGGCAACAGUUCGGACAUGGCAAGGCACGCCAUGUGCUCGUCUCUAAACAAAAGGACGAGCAUCACUUUUUUUCGGGUCAGAACUGAGUCUGAAAACAACCACACAUCAGAAACGAACUACUCGUUUUCCAAAGCAAUGAGCGUAUGGCAACCGGGUGUUUUCUUACCGUGGGCCCAUUGGCCCGUUGGCCCGAUGGUCGUGAGCCCAACAAGGGGCCCACGUGACGGGACAGGGGUUUUCUUACCGUGGGCUGUUGAGUCGAGAAAGCACGCGAAACAACUGCCGCCACGCGCGCAGAGGGGUCGUUUUCUGGCACUGCCUCCGCCAGUCGGCUCGGGUAAAAACGAGUCGGGCUCCGAUUCGGGGGGUCCGUAGACCUUGAAGAAGGGGGUUUUAAUUUUGGAAAAUGCGAAAAUGCUACAUGUACAUAAUAAAUGUACAUAGAGGUGUACAUAACACUCACAUAGAGUGGAGUCCACUUAAUUUUUUAUUUUUAAUGGGUCCCACUAAAUGUGAGUGUUAUGUACAUCCUUAUGUACAAUAUUAUGUACAUAUAACAUUUCCCUUUAAUUUUAUGGUGGGGUUCUUGUGGAUUUUCUCUGCAGUAGGACUUUUUUUCUUAGUGUAACUUCUGGAGGAUGAGAAUUGGUAACAUUUAUGGUUUCUUGUUGUUUGUAUCAGUAUCGACUUUGCCUUUUCAUUUCUUUUCUUGAGGAAUGAGUUCUGC